AUGAAAGGAAGGUCGUACCGAUUCUCGAGCACGGAUCCUCACGAGGAUUGGGUUGACGAAUCAUGGACCGUUGAUUGCGUCUGCGGUGUGAAUUUUGAUGAUGGAGAAGAGAUGGUGAAUUGUGAUGAUUGUGGGGUUUGGGUGCAUACUCGUUGCUCACGUUACGUUAAAGGAGAAAAGCUCUUCACUUGCGACAAGUGUAAGAGCAAGAACAACGUUAUGGACAGUGAAGAGACUGAGGUUGCUCAGCUGUUGGUUGAAUUGCCCACCAAGACCUUGAGGAUGGAGAAUCACUGUAACCGGAAUGUACCUCUGAAGCAACCUUUUAGGUUAUGGAAAGAGAUCCCGACUGAAGAGACAGUUCAUGUGCAAGGAGAAAAGGUUCAUGUGCAGGGAAUCCCCGGCGGAGAUCCGUCUCUCUUUGCCGGAUUGUCGUCGGUGUUCUCCAGGGAGCUGUGGAAGUGUACUGGUUAUGUGCCGAAGAAGUUUAACUUGAAGUACAGAGAGUUUCCAUGCUGGGAUGAGGAAGAAAAGUAUGAGAUUGAAGGCAAGUAUCAGGAGGAGAACGGUGCAGGUGUUUUGUUUUCUAUGUCGAAGGAGAAUAUGGUCGCUGCUCCUGCGAGUGCUUUGGUUGCAAUGAGGAGCCUUGAUGAGAAGAAAACCAAUGGCGUGAAGAUUGGUUGUGCUAAAGAUGUUAAAAGUUGGGACUCUGGUGAAGCGGAGAUGAAACAUUCGCAGAAGAAGGAUAAGAGGUUGCUCCGUCCUUUGAUUACCAAUAAACGAAGGAAAGAACUGUUUGGAGCUUCAAGAGAGCGGAUGAAGCGAAAGGUUGAAGUUGCAGACAAAGAAGAGGAUGUUAAGAAACGUUUUGUCGGUAAAACAGCAGCUCGACCUAGCAGUGAUUCUAAACCAUCAAAAUCUCGUAAGGACGUAGAAGCAGAAGGUUUUACUGGCGACGGUGGGAUCACAAAGACAGAGAAGUCCAAGAAAGCUGCUUUUGAGGAACCUGUUGAUGGUGGCCUUGCUCAGAGAAAUGGCGGUGCUGAAUCUGGUAAUACAGAAAUUGGUGUUGAAUGCUCCAGAGAGCAGAAUCUUUCUGACGUUCAUGCUAAUGGUGCUGGAAAACAGGAAGAGAAAGCUGGCCAGCAUUUCCGAAUUGUGCUUAAGAGCUCUUCAACUAAUGAUUCUUCUGUCCUCGGAGGAAAAGAUGGUCCACACAAUGAGGCCAAUAAGGAGGAGAGGCAGGACACAAUAGCUGAUGCUCCAGAAGAUAAUGCAGAUGAUUCUCCUGAAAGUUCCCAGAAGCCUUCCGUGGUUGGUAUAACACGAGAAGUUGACGAGAGGAAUUGUGAUACUAUCAGCCGGAAAAUCAGUUCUAGGAAGAACAAAUUCCAAAAAGAAAUGGCUAAAGCGGGUGUUGGUGAAGCCGUAGGCCAGCGGACUGUGGACCCUAUUGAUUCUAAAGUUUCAGGGACCUCUACAUCUCAAAUAUCUGAAGCUUCGGAAUUUAACAAAACGACACCAAGCAGUUCACUUCCUGAUGAUCACAAACCGCAGCCUGAUGAUAUUGCAUCAGAAGGAAUAAGUAGUGGCAAUAAGGACAGAGCUACUGAAGUAAAACGAGAAGAAAAAGAUAUUCUGGAAACAAAGCCAUCAAAGCCUUGCAGACCUGUUCCACACACGUUUUCAGUAUAUGCCAGGCCUAAGAUGGUUGUAUCCAUUGGAAAAUCGUCGUCAGACAAGUCUACAAGGUGCGACGACAAGCCUAAGCCCUCAACUUCCAGGAAUUCUAUUCCUAGCUCGAAGCAACAAACAAGUGGUGGUGAUACUAAUGCCAAUGCUAAUGAUGAGGACUGUGUGUCCAGUGAUGUGAUCCAAGAGAGAAAUGGGGAUGAUAUACCUUCAGAGAAAGAUCCGAAGGAACAACCUAAAUUCUCCAUUACCUCUACGAAAUCGAUGCAGCAAAACCGUACUUCACAUUCUUCAGUUUCCAAGAAAAGAGAGUCUUCCUCUUCUUCAAAGGCAUCUUCAGCAGCUCGGGUUAAUGGUGAUUCUCUCGAGUCUCCGGGUAAACAUUCGCUUUCAGGGACCUUCCAGAAAAAUGAAAAGCCUGGACAGUCAACAUUGCAGCCACCAACUAAGAACUCUGUGCAGUCUUUGAUAUCCCUUACCCCAAAUAUUAGCGAUGAAGAGCUUGCAUUAAGACUGCACCAUCAACUCAACAGUUCUCCUCGAGUUCCUCGUGUCCCACGCAUGAGACAGCCUGGUAGCUUGCCCCUGUCUCCAACCGCUACUAGUUUUAAGCGUUCUUCUAGUUCCGGUAGCAAGGAUCAAACAACGUUUUCCAGAAGAAAAAACAAGGACGCAUCCAAAGAAGGAUCGCGCAACAUCCGUGAUGAUGACAGAUGUAGCACGAGGAGUACCAAAACGCGUCGCUCUCCUGAUUGGAGGGCACACCGAGACAGUGGAAGCAGAGGAGGGAGUUUGAGUACGAAAGGGGAGGAAAAUGAAACUCCAAAACCCUCUUCUUACUCCUCUCGGAAAGUACUUCUCCCACCAAACUCGACUACAAGCACAAGUAGCGGACCGUGUUCAUCCAACGAGUUGAAUGAGCACAGUAAGCCUUCUCCAAACAGUUCCCCAAGGAAUAACGGUACUCCAGUGCAUCGAACUUUGCCGGGCUUAAUCAAUGAAAUCAUGAGCAAAGGCAAAAGGAUGACGUAUGAGGAGCUCUGUAACGCUGUCUUGCCGCAUUGGCCUCACCUGAGGAAACAUAACGGGGAACGAUAUGCCUAUUCAAGCCAUUCACAGGCUGUUCUGGAUUGCCUAAGGAAUAGGCAUGAGUGGGCUCGUCUGGUUGAUCGUGGCCCCAAGACUAAUUCGGGGAAAAAGAAACGCAAGCUUGAUGCAGCAGAGGAUGAGUCAGAUGAGAACGAAAGCAGCAAGGGAGGAAGGAAGCAACUGAAUCAGCAACAUCAGUCUCAAGGAGAAGAGUUUCCCAAAGGGAAAAGAAAAGCAAGAAAACGAAGAAGGCUCUCUCUUCAAGGAAAAGGCAUCAAAGUGUUGAGAAAGAAGAGAAAUGAAGAAGAAGAAGAGAUGAGCGAAGAAGAGGAAGAAGGUGCGUUCUCGGACACAAGCGAGGAUAGUGUGUUCUGCGAAGAAGAAGAAGAGGGUCACACUAAUGCUGCUGCUGCUAGAGAAGUCUCUGCUAGUAGCUCUGAGGAAGCUCAAGCCACUCCAUGA